AUGUAUCUGCUUCCAUCUCCGUCAGCCUUUGGCGUAGCAUUAAGGACAAAGAGCAGAAAGUGUAUUUUUGUAAUAGUUUUGACGGUAAUCUACCUCUAUAACCCUGUCUCUGCCUCCAUAUCUCCCAUCAGUCUGCGGCGUAGCCUGGAGGACAAGGAGCAGAAAGUGGUGGUCCUGGAGGUGUGUAAGACCUCCCUGCAGCAGGAAGUGUCCAAGCUGAGGAGCACCAUGAGAGAGCUGGAGAAGUCCCGACUGCAGGCACGAAGAGAGCUGCAGGAGCUACGCAGACAGGUGAAGAUCCUAGAGAGGGAGGCUACCCAACAGAGGGAGGAGAUGGGAGAACUGCAGGCCAGGGUGUGUCAGGAGGAGGUGAAGGAAGAGGAGGCGAGGAGGGAGUCCUUCAGUCUUAAACAGAGAGUCCUGGAGAGCGAGGCGGGCAGGGAGGCGGCCAUCAAGGAGGCCUCCGGGCUGCAGCGUCGUAUUUUGGAGCUGGAGGACGCGGCGCGUCAGAUGAGGGAAGUGCUAGCGGAGAGAGAGGCGGGGCUUCAACAGAGUCUCCUCCUCCACUGCGAAGAGACCUCAAAAUUAGUGGUGGCGCUAGAGGAGCAGUCUACUCAGGUAAGGGAGCUCACCCUGCGUGUUAGCCUGGCAGAUGGCCGUGUUCAAGGGCUGGAGGAGCAGCUAGGACACGGGGAAGCCCAACGCAGGGAGCUGGAGCACAGGCUGGUCGGGCUGACCUCUGCCCUGAGACGAACCCUCGGGAUAGGCCGCAACGGACGCUCACAGACCCCUGGGUCCAGAGGACGCAGCCCCUCACCCUGGAGAAGUCGCUCACCUGUGAAGGGUGAAACCAGCACAUCCCCGAGAGGUCCUAUGUCCUUCCUAUCCUGUAGUGAUGAGGGGGAGCUGGAUGUGGACGCGGUACAGAGCGCUCUCAGGGACUUCCACCAGGAACUCAAAGACACAAAGAGACACAGGGACGAAGCUAAGGCCCAAGUGACCAGUCUAACCCGGCAAGUGGCUGAGCUACAGACCAGCCAGGACAAGUCAGGCACUAGGCUGCAACAGUUGACCAAAGCCCUGAAGGGCCUGGAGGAGGGGAAGAGAGAGGUGUCGGAGCAGCUGUACGGGGCUCAGACCUCCCUCUCCCUGCAGGAGGAAGUGACACGGCGAGGGGACAGGGACAGGAAGAGCCUGGCAGAGGAAGGAGUUAAACUCAAGACCAGUCUGCAGACCGCUGAAGCUAAUAGUAGGACACUGCAGGAGAAGCUGGAUCGUUCCCGGGCCGGGGAGGCUCGCUGUGAGGGGGAGCGUCAGAGGCUGAAGGAGGCCCUGGAGACAGCGGAAAGCCGGGCAUCUCGCCUGGAGCUCACCCAGAGGACCCUAGAGGGAGAGCUGCAGCGGGCACAGCGGAGGACAGCCGAGCUGGAAGGAGAGGUGGCAGCCCUGGGGGAGAGGCUAGCGGAGCUGAGGAGAGAGCUGGGGGUGACUGAGGACCGGGCGGCUGGGCUGAGGGUGAACGAGGAGCGGCUGGCUACGGCCCUGGCCUGGGCUGAGCUCCAGGAGGGCCAGCUGAGAGAGCAGCUCCAGGGGUUGUCCACCUCUCUCAGUGACAGUAGUGCCACUGUAGGAGCCGUGCAGGAGCAGACCUCCCAGCUACAAAAGGCUCUCACCGUCUCAGACCAGGACCGAAGGAUCAUGCAGGUAGGGACAGUAUGAGUCCCACAUGGCACC